AAUAUGCCAUACGUCGAUCAAGUCAUCAAAGAAACUCUUCGAGUAUUCCCUCCAAUACCAAGUAUUGGUCGUUUGUGCAAUGAGGACGUAAUUAUUGAUGGUAUCAAAUUCGAAUCAGGCUGUCAUAUUCAUGGAUCAACAUUCGCAAUUCAUUUCAAUGAAGAGCUUUAUGAGAAUCCCGAGCAAUUUCGACCCGAAAGCCGUUUCAGAUUCUCUGCUGAAGAGCGCAAAACCACUGAUCCACUAGCGUUUCUACCGUUCGGAUUCGGACCUCGUAACUGUAUCGGAAUGCGAUUUGCACAACUUGAAAUGCGACUGGCAUUAGCCAAUAUGUUGAAACGUUUCAAAUUCGUCACCAACCAAAAAACACCCGUAAGAUCGAAAUUACAUCUCUCAUUUCUGUUGAUCUAG